ACUACGUGGUUAUUAAAUUUGAUAAGAGACAACAUAAAAAGACAGUUUCAUCGAACAAUGGUUUCAUUCUUUGCUGCGUAGAAGUGUAAUAUUAAAGAAAAGAAAAUUAUUUCUGUUAAUCGUAUCCAACAUGAAAAUUCGAGAAGAAUUAUUUCUUCUAUUUUUCAUCGCAGUGCAGGUGCAGUGUUUUAAUAUAUCCAAGUAUAUAAGCAACAACCCUUGUUUGAUUUCAGAAAUCGAAGUCUCGUUUCAAGAGACAAAUUCUUCAAAAAUAUUAACUACGAAUAAUUUAUGUGUGAUUUACGAACACUUGAAAGCAAUCAACUCUCUUUUAAAACCAAAAUAUGAAAAGUUGAUAUUAGUUAUAGCAGAUGAUGUAAAAGACGCAGUCACAAUGGCUAAAUAUUUGAGUCACAAUAAUCGGGUCCCAAUUGAGAAAAACAAACUUUUUAUUCCUUAUCUAUUACUGAAUGACGUACGAAAAAUACUGAAUUUGCUCUACUACGAUAACGAGACUUCUACUUUCAUCUUCGCUUAUCCUAGAAAUAUGGGAAAUGAAAUAUUAGGAAACUAUCUUGCCCAGAAGAUUAUUAACGCGGCAGAACUUAGUUCUGUCAUUCUUACAAUUAAAGGAGAAUUCGAGAAUGAAACUCUCCAUCGCUUAUUCCAAGUGUCUUCAACUAUUUUGAUGGAAUAUCCACAGAUUCUGUUAAUUCCAUUACCUGAUAUUCCACUUAAUGAACACACAUGCUCAAUUAAAUUUAUACUUGAAAAAAUAAAAAACUACUUGGAUGAUGAUAAUAAAAAUGAUGAAAAUAAUGAUGAUUAUUACUAUUAUUAUUAUCAUUACAAUGAUGUUGAUAAUAAUGUUAAAGAAAGUUAUAACUAUCUAGUAAAAAGUAUUUACAAUAAUUUAGUAAAUUUGAAUUCACAACCAAAAUCAGAAACAUUCUUGUGUAAAAAUGGUGAAUUAUUUAAUAGUCCUGAAAAAGUAUUACAUUUAUUAUUGGGUUACUCAAGGAUUAAAUUGAACAAUUUUUUUAAUUUAAAUAGCACAGAAGAGGAUGUAAACUGUAUGCGACUACAAAUGUUUAAGCUGAAAAGUAAAAGCUUACUAACAGAUUCUCCUUUCUCAAAAAUAACUACAUUAUCAGACGUGUUUGACACCCUAGACUUUUUAGUGAAACAAAUGUCUGAUUUAGAAAACGAAGUCAGUUAUAUGUGUAACAACAAUGAAAACUUGGAAAUUAUUCUACAACUCUGUUUUCUAAAAUUCCUUCCUGAUAAACAAUUAUUCGAAUCUUUUGAAUCCUUUGCCAAAAAUUAUUUCAAACAGAAAAUAGAUUGGUUUCAAAGAUUAUUGGCAAUGUUCAAAAAUGUUAACUUCUGGAAUGCAACUAGAAAAUCAAGUGAGUUAGAGGAACUAUACUAUGGAAUACCAAAAAUUAAUGAAAACGACGAGAAUUCAAUGAAGAAUGCUCUUUUUACAGUGAAGAACAUCACAUUGAAGAUGAAUAUAAAUGUUAAUUGUUCUCCAAUAUCGAGCAUGAAUUACAAGUUACAAGUUAAAGGGAAUUUCCUAAGAUUAAGUGACAUAGGAAUUGCUUUAAGAAAGCAUAUCUGUCCUGGAAACGUAACAUUUGUUGAACUCUUUUCUUUGGACAAAAUUAUCAUUGAUAAAGAUUUAGUGCUAAAUGGUGAAGGCAUGAGCAUCUACAUAUUUGCACCAAUCACAGAAAUUAUUUUAAACAGAACGAUAGGUACAGAUAGUACAUCUAUCAAUUCUUAUGAUCUGCCUGAAGAUUCAAGAAGAACAUAUUUUGCACUUAGCAAAAAAGUUAUUAACCGAAAAGAUUUACGAUUAUCAAGUAUUGUUGAUAAAAUUGAUGAAGUUCAAUUAUCAUUUUCUAAAGUUAGGAAAAAUAUUUCCAAUGGAAUAUCAUGCUUUGUUGAAGCUGGUCAAGGAGUUGCAGAAGGUAUUCAUGUCAGAAAUGAAUUGAAUUCUUCAUCUAACUAUUCCAAAGUUGAUGUACAACUGUUAAUAGAUAAUGAUGCGGUAGAUAAAAUAGAUACUUCACUAAACUUUCAAGUUUACAAUAAACAAUGUUUCAAGAGAUCACAAAUUUUUGUGGGAAUGUCGAAAUAUAUCAGACUCGAAAAUUUUGGUGAUUCUUUUAGUGAAUAUAGAAGAUUUAUUGUCAAAGAAAUAUUGAAAUGUAUUUGCAGUACUUACGAUCAACUGUACUACGACUUAAACAGUAUUAAAUUCAUUCCACAUAAAUAUAAUACUUUUAUUUUCAUUGAUGAAUUGACAGAAUUUGAAAAGCACUAUUCAGCAAAAACAAAUAAAACAAUAAUGUUGAAUUUGCUUAAGAUGUGGAAUAAUAAAUUUCGUGAACAUCUUUUAUAUCAAUUGCAGAGUAAGAAUGAAAUUCUUCAUACAAAAGUACUGUUGAGUUUGGACACGAUGGUUUCUAGAAAAAUCCAAAAACUAGAAAAUAAAGUUUACCCUGAUGCCCUUCUGAUAAUAAAAACCCUUGCGGUGGCGUGCAUUCAGGAUAGUGAGAAAUUAAACGAUACAAAGAUAUUAUUUGACAUGGAUAUUAUUAAUGAGAGGUACACUGCUGAAUUCGACGAAGAAAUUAAAAACUUAAAUGCAUUACUUUCAAAUCAAAAUUAUUUGUUUAGGAGAAUAAAUAAUAUCACAACCAGAAUUCAAGAAUUAGUCAAAGGAAUUGAUAAAAUAAUAGAAGUAAAUAAAAUAGAAAAUAACAGAUUGUUAGGGUUGAUAGGCGAACUUAAAAGUCAAGCAGUAUUGUUAGCAAUACUAGAUUUCUUUAAAUUUGUUUCUCUAGCACUAUCAUUCAUAAAUCCAGUUUGUGCGAUAGUUGGCGCUUCAUUAAGUAAGGAUGUUAACACUUUUAAAUCAGAGCCUACAGAUGGUUCAAAAUACAAAGCAGUGAUUACUUCGAUGAACCGCAGUUAUCAGCACUUACGAGAAAUUAACGAGAAUGAAGAAGGUAGAGAAACAUUCAAACCUAAAAAUUAUGAAAAUAAUUAUUUUGAUCUAGUUAGUAUUGUAGAAAAAGUAAUAAACAAAGUUCGGGAAAUUAAACCUAAAGCAGAUGAAUUGAUAGAUAAUAUUAACAACAGUCUAGAAGAGAUAAAGAAUUUAAAAAAAUAUAAAAUAGAAAUGUAUGAAAAAUUAGAGCCUUUCGCAGAAGAAAUUCAUAUGAAAGUAAUUAAUCAGUCUAAGAAAUUUCGUAAAUUAUCAAUUCCGUAUCUUGAUUAUGAAAAAUGGCGUAUGGAUGCGUUCUUAUUGGAUGCUUCAAAGGAUUUCGAGGAGUGGACUAGAAAAUUCAACGUCGAUGAAAGAGUUAUAACAAAAUUCAAAAAAGCAAUGGAAACAACAAUUCGUCUUCAUACACUCAUGAAAGAAAUGAAUUAUAAAAUUACUGGUGCGCAAUUAAUAUCCGAUCGAGCCAAAAUUCCAUAUCAAAUUGAUGACAUUCGUGAUGAGAAACUUGAAAAUCGUGUAAUACAAUUGACGCGUAUUAUUUACGCAAACGAUAUAAUAGACGAAAACAAAAAAUUUUCUCUUAUACGUAAUCAGUUACUUUUUCCAAGUAUUGGAAGAAUGAAAGUUGAAAGUAUUGUUGACCCACUGGAAAGGGCGAAUCUCAUUGUUAAUAUUUAUAAACCAAUUUGGAAAUUUUUAAGAGAUGCUAAUAUCAAUAAAAUUUAUGUACCAUUUUACGAGAAUAGCUAUUGGGCAAAUCUUUAUUCAUUUUACACCUGGAAUAACAGCACACACUCCACCGAAAUUCAGAAAAUUCUUGAGGGCAAAACUGUAAAACUAUUCGCAGACAUAGUAUUGACGCUAAGAAUGCUGUGAAAUUUCGAGAUAUAAAUAUUUUGUUCACUUCAUCCAAUGCAACUUUAAAUGAGGAACUGAUAAAAGAUUUGUCAUUAUUUUCUGUCGAACUGAUUCACAAUGGAGACUCUUAUUAUAGAUGUAAUAAAAGUAUGCAAUUGUUUCAGUCUGAUGUUUAUAAUUUUCAAAUUAAAUCCUUUACCUAUAAGAAAAAACAAUUUACUGAACAUAAGAGGUUUGACUUUUUUUUAAGCCCUUACGCAACGUGGACUAUUCGCCUUUUGGAAAAUUUGGGCAAAAGAGAUUUUAAACUACUAGCUAAAUACGUAGAUAAAGUGAAUGUGGAAUUAGUCGGAAAUGGCAUAUAUCAAAUGGAAUGCAAUACAAAGCAUUUCAAUUUGUAGUAAGAAAAGUUUAACUUGUUGGAAAUAAGGUUCUCUGUUUCUAAUUUUAAAAAUUGUUAAAAUGUAUUAGCUUGUAAUUAUUUUACUUAAUAAAUGAUAUAUUCUU